UCACCCCAUACAAAUUUGUAUUUUGUUCGAUUUCUAUCCCUACGCACCGCAAUCACUGCACGGAAGUCAAAUAUGUAAAAUCAAAUUCAUUGGCACUUUUCUUUAUUUUAGGCAAAAAUUGAAAUAUUUCUGCAUUCUAUAAAGAGUAAUCUGGUAUAGCUUUAAUUUGUGCAAGAUAAAUGCCCAACUGCUUCGCCGAUUCAAUGGAAUUUUGGGCAGCGGAGUGUAUAUCGUAUACACGUGAGCAAGACAGCAGUUAUUAGCAGAUAAAACAUUUGAAUGCUAACCAAUUAAAGCGAAAGAUAUUUUUAGAAUCACGCUCCGAGAGGGUUUCCCGUUGGCAGACCCAAAAGUAUGUGCUCGCCUGAUCCUGACUUGGACAUAAUCCGAAGGGAGUUGGAAUGUACUAAUUGAAUAUUGUAAUCCUAAGAAAUUAAAGAUUGUAAACUGGAUGUUCGAUUGUUCGGUUACAGUUUGAACUGAAUUAAACCAAUUCGGGGUGACCCAAAUUCCCUAUCUGGAUUUUAAUUAACAGCUUCUUGGCCACGCACCUUUCUUGGCUGCUUCUGGCCACCGCGGCCUGCCAGUCUAAUUUAGAAGUUGAAGAGUCGAGCAUCGAACAUGAGAUGCCAUUGGAUGUCGGAUGCUAUGAACAGAUCUUUGAACUUUCCGCAAUGGCAGUGUCUGGUGUGGUCCAUAAUGCACUGGAAAUUAGUGAGCUCUGCUCUAUUAUUCACCACAAACUCUGAAUUUGGGAUAUUUAUGGCUAUAUCGGUGCCCAUAGGCUUGCCGCAUCGGAAUGUGUUCUUGUCGUACAAUUACGAGUUCAAUUACUACCAGCCAGAGCAUGUCUACAAGUAUCCGCCUAUUCUGAUGGGCGACUAUCAGGACUCCUAUCUGACAUAUCCCACCUCGGGGCGUGGGGACAACGGCAGGCAUUGCCAGAACUGCACUGAGCGGAGGGAUCAGGAUGGUGAAACCAACAGCAACACCAGCAGUAACUCAACAACGGAAUCGGAAUCGGAAUCAACAUCAACGUCACGUGAAAAACGUUCCUUGUCGUUGAUGAGUCGCUCCAUAUUCUACUCAAUGAUAAGGGACAAGCUGAAAAGAUCGGGUUACCCUGCCCAGGCCUGUCUGCUGCGUACGAUAUGCGAGACGAAUGCCUCGCAGUUGGGCGAAGUCAACGGCUUCUUGGGCAGCCUAAUCCACAUCAUAUUCACUCCAAGCAGUUCUAAGGAUGAGCAUCUUCCCGAUGAGUUUUACCAGGCCGAGUGGGAUGGUCGACAUCAUCGGGAAUGCUCCAGCUACACCUCCAAUUGUGAGGCGAACAUCUUGGACCUGAUAUCCGUGCCCGUGGAGCAGACGCUGAGCGACAUUGUAAGUGGGCGUAGAAGAAAAUAAACUUGACUUCCAUCUGAA